AUGUCGGACAAAGUCCUGAGUAUGGAGGAGGUUGCCAAGCACAACACCAAGGAAGACUGCUGGGUCGUCCUCUACGGCAAGGCCUACGACUUGACGAAGUUCGCAAAGGUCCACCCCGGGGGUGCAAAGCUCAUCACGGAUGCUGCGGGCAUGGAUGCAACAAAGAUCUUCGACCCCAUCCAUCCCAAGGACAUCAUGGACAAGCUCUUGAAGCCGGCGUUGACGAUGGGCGUCGUUGAUGCGGCGACCAUCAAGCCGGAGCAUGUGGCAAAGCCGCCUGAGGCUCACAAGCCAGCACCCAAGAAGAAGAAGAAGGCCGUGACGGAUGAGGCCGAGGAGGAGGUUGAAGAGUUCAAGAAGCCACCUCUGAAUGCCAUGCUGAACAGCUUCGACUUCGAGAGCGUAGCCCGCGAGGUCAUGGAGCCGCAAGCCUGGGGAUACUACUCCUCGGGCGGCGAUGACGAGAUCACGCUUCGGGACAACCACCUCGCUUUCCAGCGCAUCACGAUGCGCCCCCGGAUCCUGGUUAAUGUGCGGGAGAUCGACAUGACCACUCAGAUCCUAGGUGUCCCAGCGUCUGUGCCCCUGUACUUCACAGCCACGGCCCUGGCGAAGCUUGCUCACCAGGAUGGAGAGGUGGCGAUCGUGAAGGCGGCCAAGAAGGCUGGCGUGCCCUACAUGCUUCCAACCCUGAGCUCCUACACUCUUGAUGAGAUGCUGGCGGCACGGACCCCGGACCAGCAGGUGUUCUCCCAGCUGUACGUGAACCCAGAGCGCUCGAGGUCCGAGGAGUAUGUCAAGAAGCUGGAGGACGCGGGUGUCAAGGCGCUCUUCGUCACCGUGGAUGCACCCCAGCUCGGCCGCCGCGAGAAGGACAUGAGGAACAAGUUCACCCAGCAGGGCUCGGAUGUCCAGGGCGACGAUGAGGACGACGGUGCUGUGGACCGUUCCCAGGGUGCUACCCGCGCCAUCAGCAGCUACAUCGACCCUGGCCUCAACUGGGAGGACGUGCCGUGGCUCAAGAGCAUCACGAAGAUGAAGGUGCUGCUGAAGGGCGUGCAGUGCGCCGAGGAUGCCGUGUCCGCUUACAAGGCUGGUUUGUCAGGCUGCGUGUUGUCCAACCACGGCGGCAGGCAGUUGGACACCUGCCGCCCGGGCAUUGAGGUGCUCCCCGAGGUCAUGGAGAGCCUCAGAGAGGCUGGCGCCACCAAGGAGGACUUCGCCGUCUUCAUCGACGGUGGCGUGCGCCGUGGCGGCGACAUCUUCAAGGCCGUGGCGUUGGGCGCGCAGGCAGUGGGUGUGGGCCGCCCGGUCCUCUACUCCCUUGCCUCUUACGGCAUGAACGGCAUCGUCCGAAUGGUCCACAUGCUCCAGGAUGAGCUCCAGAUGGUGAUGCGCCUCUCUGGCACACCGAACAUCCCCAGCAUCACCGAGAAGCACGUGAUCAUCACCAACCUGGCAGACCACAUCGUGCCGCUGCCAACCGACUUCCUUGUCCAGCAGCCCAGCAGCCUUGUACGGUGGAGCUUCAGGUGGUUAGGGAAGGUGGCUAUGUGGCUCUUUUCGGAAGUUGUGUGGAGUGUUGAUUCGCUGAUCAGGCUUACUAGACAUGCCUCCUUUUCACACCGACACCUCGCCGAAUUGAGUGUCUCGGGAUAG